AUGAUCGCGGCCUUCCCUACAGGCAAGGGCACGAAUGUCGCUAUUCUCACCAAUGACACCAGCAAAGCAUUGACUGGUCAAUUCAACAACACAUACUGGACAUUCAGUGGCUUCAGCAAAACCCACUCCCUAUACAUGGAGCCUACCGCCGAUAGCAAAAAUUUUCCUUACUAUGGCAAUGUAGGCAUCAAUUCCGGCUUUGCUACGCCGGGUUUCAGUGAAGGUGACGAGGAUGGCCUGCUUGUGUGGAACAACACGGAUAUGGCGAAUGGGGGAUCUUGGUUUGCGUUUUGCCCAACCCUCGUACCUGGACACGAGUCGGCGGGGCUGCAGGACCGGGUGUUUUGGCAGUCGAAUCAGGCGCCGGCUGAGGGUAUGACAAAUUGCACCACCAUCGUAUUCCAUGGUGCUUUUGAAGGAGCUCAAGAGGAGUAA